CCUAGCUUCCUUUCUCAUAUAUUUCUCACUUUCCGCUCUCGUUCCAGAGUUCGUCCGCCAUCCGCCCUUUUCCUCCAGCUCCUCGUAUCGAUCUUCUGAGAUGGCGUCGGAGAAGAAACUCUCGAACCCCAUGAGGGACAUUAAGGUUCAGAAGCUCGUCCUCAACAUCUCCGUCGGUGAGAGUGGUGAUCGCCUCACCCGUGCCGCCAAGGUCUUGGAACAACUCAGUGGUCAAACCCCUGUCUUCUCCAAGGCGAGGUACACUGUGAGGUCUUUUGGUAUCAGACGUAAUGAAAAGAUUGCGUGCUAUGUCACGGUGAGGGGGGAAAAAGCGAUGCAGCUCCUUGAGAGUGGUUUGAAAGUGAAGGAGUACGAGCUUCUGAGGAGGAAUUUCAGCGACACUGGUUGCUUCGGGUUCGGUAUUCAGGAGCAUAUUGAUCUUGGAAUCAAGUAUGACCCGUCGACCGGUAUCUAUGGUAUGGACUUCUACGUGGUUCUGGAACGGCCGGGAUACCGUGUGGCCCGUCGCCGCAGAUGCAAGGCCCGUGUCGGAAUUCAGCACAGAGUGACCAAGGAAGACGCCAUGAAGUGGUUCCAAGUCAAGUACGAAGGUGUUAUCCUCAACAAGUCUCAGAACAUCACUGGUUAAACCUUUUUUACCUCACAUUUUGUUUUGGUCUAGCUGUUGCUGGCUUUACCUUAGAAUUCUGGAUCUUAAGAAUUUCAUAUUGCAGUUCUUUUUUUUUUUACAUCAGUUGGUUGAAUCCUAUGAAUGCUUUAAAGUAUGAACAUGUUUUUGGAAUCUAAUGGUGCCAAAUCCCAAGAUUUCCAAGGUUUA